GAUUUUCAAUAUUUAAGUAAGUUCUUUUCGCACAAAUCCACAAACCAUAUUAAUGGCCAACUUUCAGAUCCAUCAAAAAAUGGAUGAAGUCAUGCCAACCCCCCCCCCCCCGCAACCAAACAUCAUUGAUGCGCUAAACCAUAAAACCCCCAUGGAUCUUACCUACAUCAAAGAAUUCGCCAAUGAAUUCACCGAGAUUCCAGAAUCCAAGCCCAGGGAAAAAGGCACGGUGUUCCAUAUAGGACCCUACAAAACCAAACGUUUCCGUUAUCCACCUGAAUGCGAUUCCAACGAACUGUUGGUUCCAUCCAUACGAUUCAAAAACAACAUCAAGCGAAUCCAGCACUUCAAAUGGAAAUGUGACUUGUUGGUUGAUACGAUAAACUUUCUGAAUACCCAUUUUCACCCCCUGAAUCUAUUCAUUAACGACGACUUUAAAGAUUCCGUUAACAUCUUCACCCAAAACGAGAUCGAUAUCAACAGAAAAUUGCCAAGGAAAAGCCAUCGCACACGGAAAUUGAAAAAAAGUACAAAGACGGAAAAAACAAACAAUAAUUCAUAGAUUAAUUUAAUGCUUCCACAUCAUUUCAUUAUUAUUAUUAUUAUUAUUAUUUUAAUACUAUAUAUUUGGGACCAAAUUCUCUUUAUUUUAAUAGAAUAAAUUCUUCAUUAUUUUUUCUAUUGAUGAAAUACCCAGAA